AUGGACCCUGCAAUGCAGACACAUUGUGUGCUGCUAUUGAACUUGCCGCCAUCUGCAUUGGGAGGCAUCGACUUACUCUCCUUUACGACCACCCCCCGCUUCCGAGGUGUCAAGAAUUUGCCUCCUGGCUUGCAUUUCUUGUUUGCCUCCAGUGAUGCAACGGUUUCUGUACGGCACGGUGCCUGGUUUUACGUCUCGCCAGGGACUGGUUCACCGCAGGUUUUCAUCAAGAAAUGGGAUCCGACGACUGAGGAUCUGGUAGCGGAAACUUCGCAGUCCGAGGUCCUACGGUGGAAAGCGAAUUUGGGAAGUAUAUGGAAGGAUGGGUUGACGCCGUAUCGGCAAAUUGUCUCAUCAGAUUCGAAAGAGGAGGGUGAAGCAGUGGAAGAGAGUCCAGACUGGGCAGAACUGACUUCACGAAUAAACCCUUCAUUGCUGUCUCGGAUUACCGGUCUAAAUCCUGAUCAUUGGAGCUUGUCAUCCGCAUCUUCCGCACCGCAGGACUUGGAAAAUAUCCCCGGCCUCGAAUCAAGUAACAGCUUCUUACAUCCUGAGAAGGAGCUGAAUCUCCUACCCAUAGACCUAAAACGCACAUGGAGAUUGGGCGCAACAGGAAGCGAGCGUACCGAAGCCGCCCAAGACCGGUCGUGGGCAUUGGGCGACCUCAUCGAGAACCACUGCAAAGCGAGGGAUCCUCGAGGAGGAGAAGACGAAGUGUUAGGAGAAGUGCAGUUCUGCUUUCUCAUGGUCCUUACGCUCAACAACAAUUCUUGUCUCGAGCAGUGGAAACGACUGCUGACCUUACUAUUUACCUGCCAGAAAGCCGUGAGAGAACGAACGCACAUGUUCGUCGAGCUAUGCAAAACCCUACGAUUACAGUUGUCGCACUGUGCAGAUAUGGAAGCGGGCAUGUUCGACCUGAACGAGCAAGGAGGUGGCUUCCUGAAACCGCUGCUUCGAAAGUUCCGUAGAACCUUGGAGGAACUUGAAGGAGAUUGGAAGAAGCGCUUGGUGAAGGAAUUCGACGAACUGCAGGAGUAUGUCAGAGACGUGUUUGGCUGGGAACUGGACGACUCCUAUGUCAAAAGGGGGAUGCUGGAGUUGGAGGACGGGGAAAGAGUCGAGAUGGAGGUCAAUGGAGCGGAUGAAGAUGACGAGAAAGGCGAGUUCGCCCCAUUGGUGGUCGACUUGACACCCACGCAGAUGAAAGAGCUGUAUCCGAGUGGCAGUGAACACCAAGAGAGCGGUGAGGAGGAGGCAGACGCGGCGGAUCUGGAGGAUAUGGACACGCGCUACUGA